UAAUGGCAACUGCUUAAACUAUAGUAUUUAUAUAUUAAAAUGUAGGUUGCACAUGGCAUGCCUUCAAAAAAGGAAGUGAUAAGUUCUAAAAGAAUUUUUCCAGGUAUUUUAAAGAUUGAAUUAAUUAGAACAACAUAAUAGAAAGGGAGCAUUUCAACUAACUUGGGAUAUUUAAGGAGUGUUUCCUAAGAUUGCUUAAAAGAUUGGAGUUAAACCAGUGCCUGAUGAUCCUCCUUUAGUAUAAAAUAUAUUUGAUUCAGCCUCCAAAACCAAAAUAUAUUCCACCACCAUUGCCUUAGAAUUAUGUUCCUCCACCUAUAAAAAAAUAAGGCAAAAAGACUGGAAAACCAUAAAUGAUCCCUGAGAGAUAAAGUUAUGAAGAGAGCAUUGCAAAAAAAACAAUUAGGUAAAGCAGAAAAUCACUAUCAAAUACAAAUUAUGGAAAGGAAUAUGGCAGUUUUUAUAGUAUGGAUAGGUGUUUUUUGAAACGUGAUAAAGAAUUCAUCAAAAAAGAAGUUAAAGGAUAUGGUAAUAAUGAUAUUAUAGAAAUGCAGGUAACUUCUAUGAGAAAUCACCUGAUGGGAGAUUUGUACAUGUCCCAAUGCCUCCCUUAUCAUAUAAGUAUUAAUAUGUAGCCUCAACAGAAUUAUGA